GUAAAGGACCAAUCACAUGAUUCACAUCCCUCUUGGCACAAAAUUCUACCCAGUGUGAAUUUUCCAUUACGUAAACUUCAAGCUCCAUGAAACGGACAAUUUCAAAAGUCAAGCCUUCAUUGUCAGGCAAGAGAGCCAACUCGGGAAGGCUAAGUAUGUAAAGAUGCAUAUUUUCGGCCUUUGGAAGAUGAAUUAACAGAAUUUCCAACAGCCCUCUUUCCAGCCAAUUUCUCAAGUCUUCCUUAGUCAAUUGUCCAAGUCAACUAGCGUAGUAGACACACAUAAUACAGUAGUAACUAACACUCCUAUAUUAUGAACAGCAGAGGGGAUGAAGUAGACAAAAUUCACCAGAGAAAUUUAAUGGUAUUAUAUUCUUCUUCUUCUUAUUGAAUAAGGGAUUUGGCUCCUUAAUUGUGAAAUAUUUUUGGAUGGCUGCGCACUGUGUGUUCAGUUUCCUGUUUCAACUCUGUUAUUUUCUGCUUCUUCUCUCGGCUGCAGUUCAAGGGUAUGACUAUGAGGAAUGUCAACCUAGUCUCUGUGGGUAUCUGGGGGAAAUCUCCUUCCCCUUCACCACCACUUCGAAACGAGAAUGUAGCGUACACAUAAGUGGUUGUGAGAACAGCACUGCAGUAAAAAAACUUCAUCUGAAAAGCCAUCGCUAUGAGAUUGAUGGCAUCUAUCCGCAUGACAAGGACUAUUCAAUUUUGAUCCACAACGUUGCUGCAGCUGAAAUUGCUCCAUGGUUUGCUCAGGAUACACCUUUUCAUAUCCUGAAUACUAAUAGAAUUAACUUCACCAUAUGCAGUCAUAGCUCUACUCCUGGUCCAGAAACUGAGCACAUGUCAAAAUGGCCCUGUCCUUCAUACGACAUCUACUAUAAUUCAGCAUAUCAGGAUCACAAGUCCCUAACCUUUUUUCCAUUUGUGUGCUCACCACAAGUACCCUAUUCUGCUAAAUCAUGUGAGCCCUCAAUCUCACUUCUCAUGAUUGAAGUAGAAUUGAAGCCAUGUGCUGCUGGUAAUCCUCAAUGUGGAAAAAAACCCAAUAGCGUAGCUCCUGUCUCAACUCCCCCUGAUGCUGGAACAAAUAGCAAAGAAUGGCGUCUAAAGGCUGCUGUAAUAGGUUUAUCUAUUGGAUUGUUGGCAACCAUGAUCACAAUUGCCUCGUUUGCUAUUGUUUUUCUGUACAAACGUACUAACAAAUCUUCAGGCUUCCAAAACCAACCAAGAAGCACUAAUUCUGGUCCCUACAGAGGUAUAUCAAACCCAGAAAGUAGAGCUGUCUACUUUGGGAUCCAUGUGUUCUCCUAUGAGGAGCUCCAACAGGCAACAAACAAUUUUGAUCAAGCUAGAGAGCUUGGAGAAGGAGGCUUUGGGACUGUUUACUAUGGCAAUCUUCAAGAUGGACGUGAAGUUGCAGUGAAACGCCUAUUUGAGCGCAACUACAGGCCAGUGGAAUCAUUCAUCAAUGAAAUUCAGAUACUCACACGCAUGCGACAUAAAUAUCUUGUGUCCCUCUAUGGCUGCACUUCACGUCACAGUCGUGAGUUACUGCUAGUGUAUGAAUACGUCCCAAAUGGCACUCUUAGUUGCCAUCUCCACGGUGAUAAGGCAAAGCAUAACAUAUUGCCAUGGCAUGUGAGAAUGAGAAUUGCCAUAGACACUGCUAGUGCAUUGACUUAUCUCCAUGCUUCUGACAUCAUUCACCGAGACGUGAAGUCCAGCAACAUCCUCAUUGACAAUUAUUUUUGUGUUAAAGUUGCUGACUUUGGUCUUUCGAGAUUAUUCCCCAAUGAUGUCACACACGUCUCCACAGCUCCAAAGGGAACCCCAGGUUAUGUUGACCCUGAUUAUCGCCUGUGCUACCAGCUUACAACAAAGAGUGAUGUGUAUAGCUUUGGAGUUGUUCUUGUUGAGCUAGUAUCGUCUUUGCCAGCAGUUGACAUGAGCAGGGAGAGGGAUGAGAUAAAGUUGGCAAAUCUAGCCAUAAGGAGGAUUCAAACAAGGGCAUUUUGUGAGCUGAUUGAUCCUUCCCUUGGUUUCCAGUCAAAUGACAAGUUGAAAAGGGCGAUAAUUUCAGUGGCUGAAUUGGCUUUUCAGUGUUUGCAAGGGGACAAGGAUUUGAGACCCUCUAUGAGUGAAGUGUUGGAGGUGCUUCAGAGAAUUGAAAGUGAGAAGGAUGAGCCAGGGAGUUUUGAGGGAAUUGAAAUUCAUGGUGCUAGGGUUCCACAAAGUUAUACACGUCCACCACUUCCAAACAUGACACCGCAACGCCAUCAUCAAACACACUGAUGAAAGGGAUAAUGAGAAUAUUGUAUCAAAUAUCAGUUACUAGCUAGUUAGUCUUUCAUUUCAGAUGGUUUAUACUUGAUACUUUAUCAUCGUCCUACGAUGAAUAUAAGGAAUGAUAAUAUUUUGUAAAUUUCAUGUAAUACUACUACUAAUUGCAGAGUAUCCUUAUUUAUUGAAUAUGAUUAUAUUAUAAAGCA